GGGAAAUGUGGUGGUGGUGAUACUCUUGUCCUCCCGCAAAUCUGAUUCUUCUGUACGACGAUCAGAAUCUCAGACUGAAACCUGUCUCAGUGCAAGAAGUCAAGGUUGUCCUCCGUCAGCUCUUUCGUCCACUUCAAUCAGAUGAACGGUGCAACGUACCCAGCGCUAGCUCUCCGAGAAGAGACCAGCUCCUUCUCAAGUUCCGGCAGGACUUUUGUUAAGCUUGCAAUGUUACGUUGCUCAAUUUGACAGAUGCAUACUUGCAGCAGUAGGUUUGGUCCCCAAUCAAGUUUAUGGAUUGGUAUGGGAUCUUUGCCCUCACAUCUACCAAAAAAGAUUGUGCAUCUUCUUUCACAUGCAAGCGCCGAAGUGCCCUAACAGCAUAUGAGUCUGCUGAGUUACAAUUCUCGGACAAUGGCGGAGUCCUGGAAGCCGUCUCCAUCGUGCUCAAGGUUGACAUAUGAUUCAUAACAGGGUCCUCGAAGGAGCUCUCCCGAAGAGAUCGACGACACUUGCCUCCAUUGCACUUCUGACGACUGGCAUCGACAUCGAGGAACUGACUUCAGCUCAGACCUUCUCCACGGAUGAAUCUGACCGAUCGAGGUUACAUCCAGUAGGUCCUAGGUCCAGUGAGCCAGCAGCAAUCGGUUCAUAUCACUAUAUCCGUGCCCAUUGCUAGCUCGUCAUCUGAGAAUCACAUUAAUUGGAUCGGAGUUCCAUUGACUCGAAGAUAUCAAGUUCCCUUUUUAAAACUGGACCACCGGGCUGUGAAUAAUACAGAAGUCGAGAGUUUCUCUGCCACAGUAUGAAGUAGAUUUUGUGCAAGAUGCUCUGCGCGGUUAGAGUUUCUGCUCAGAUGUUCAGCACUCGUGUACAUCCACAAAAAUGGGAGAGGCGAGAAAAUACGAUGAUCGAGAGGGGAUAGUCUCAAACACUACUUCAGGAUUAUUUCCAACCUCCUAACCUGUCUCGUGCCUUUCGUCGGAGAAAUCAAUUCCUCGUCAUUGCUUUCACUGUGGUCUUCAACCACGAGACAACUCAGACCGAGGCCCGAUUGGCCCGAUUCGAACUCCAUCGUGCCGCGAAUAUUGAGUCACACAUAUAAACUCAUAAUACGACUGUAACAUUUUGGGACCAUAACAAAGGAUCCGAUCAUUGUUCCCUUGCCACAAUACAUGACGGUGAAAAACACCAGUCGGAAACAAGUUGCUUGCGCAAUUCCGAUUCUACCACCACUGAAAUAGGAACGACGCUUCUUACGCAUCAAGUGAUCCAGGGGAGGGAUUAGCUCACAAGAGUACCGCUGGAAGUAGCAGUUGCAAAGCUGAUUCUGUCGGAUGGUUCAGCCCUGCAGUGCACUGCAGACUCUCGGCGGACGCGAGCUGUCAGUGGAUUCUAGAUUCGAGUCGUUGUCAGGCAGGUAGGCACAACAGAGAGAUGGCUUGUGCUCCAAAGCAAUGUCGAUAACCUCACAACGAUGGAGUGGUCUGGAGCAGCACAGACUAGGCCCGCCCACACCUUGUACUUUCCUAUCCACACACAGAGAGAGAGAGAGAGAGAGAGAGAGAGAGAGAGAGAGAGAGAGAGAGAGAGAGAGAGAGAGAGAG